AGCGUCGCGGGGUCGUUCGUGAUUCCGACGUUUGCUGUGCCUGCAGGCGACGACCCGAGUGGCCUCUACCUCUCAUCCCUCACAUUUGACUUUGGUUCCGAAUUCUGCGAGAACGGCAUCAUAGUUGGUAUUGACAUGGAGAUUGACAAUGGUUCACAGUCUAUCGAUGCCUCUUGGACGAGUUUUCCUGAUGGUAACAAUCAGCUCUUCCCCAACGUUAGCUUCGCGCAGGGCGACAACGUAACGGUGUCCAUUACCAUGACGAAUGCGACGUCGAGCACGGCGGUCGUAACCAACGAGAGCACAGGCGAGACCUCCACCGUGGCCAUUGAGAUUGGCCCUAUUUGCUCGCAAGCGGAAGUAGCAUGGUCGCUAUCGCCCGAAUUUGACGAUUCCAAUAACAUCAUCCCUUACGCCGACUUUGGCACGGUCAGCAUUACUGCAUCUGCCGGGACCUCGUCAGGCCCUGUCGACAUGUCUAACGCGAUCAUUGAAAUCGCAGUCCAGAACGGCACUACUAUUGCUUCCGCCUCGGUCGAGGGCGAUAUCGUCACUAUUGCCUUCGUCUAA